AGUUGACACCGGCGGAGAAUCAUUUUUGUUGAAACAAAAAACUAAAUUGUUUCAACAUUGUCGAAUAAUUUAUCGUGCUGUAGAAAUUGUCAGUCACGAUAGAGAAAAGUUUGAAUUUUGUUCUGCAAUUUCUUUGGAGUUUUGAUUGGAUGAUGCAUGAAGUAAUGUUUUCAUUGGUAUAUAAAAAGUUUCGACGGUCCUGUUUGGUACAAGGAUCUCAAAAUUCUUGACAAGACAAAGCACAAUCAUGAUGGAGAACUUCCAGGUUCAUAUUGAAAACAGUGGUAGAAAAAAGCGCCAUAAACAUGACAAAGACACAGACGAUGAUCAUCAUGAAAAAAAGAAACAUAAAAAGUCCAAGAAGUCAAGCAAACAUAAACAUAAAGACAAGGAUAAGGACAGAGAUAGGGAAAAGACUUCACAAAAAGACCGGGGUAAGCAUAAGGGUAGUAUAUCAGUGGCUGAACCUGAACUUACAGCUAUUGAAAAGUUUAACAUGUUCAAAAAACAGCGGGAAGCUGCCAAGCAUGAUGAAGGAAAAGUGGUUGAUGAUCUCUUUAAAGACUUUAUUGCAUCUAAAAUAAAGCAAAUUGAGAGUGAGAGUGAUAAAAUUGCUAAUAAGGAAAGAAAAAGUAAGUCAAGGUCCAAAAAAGAUAAACUCAAUGAUUCAGUUAAUGAAAUAAGUCGGUAUUUGGAUGAAGAAAUAAGCAACAUAGAAAUACCUAAAGAAGAAGAUAAGGCAGAAGAAGAAGAGCCGUCUCAUCUUGUUGAGGAUUCAAAAAAAUUAGGCAGUAUGCUUGUUCAUUCUAAAAAGGACUCUCAUUACAAAGAACCUUUAAAAGAGGCAAAAUAUUCCAGUGAUUUUACUGUAGAGAGAAGUAAAUCCAGUAACAUGAAGGUAACAGUAGAAUCUGUCAGAGAAUUCACAUUGCCCAGCAAGGAGCAAAAACAUAAAGAUCAGACUGACAUUCCUUUACCAUCUACCUGCCAAACUCUUCCAGUGUUAGACAGCAUACCUCUGCCUAUACCUGCUAACACCAAGAGUACAUCCAUUCCCAAGCUGUCCAAUGAGCCUUUAAUAUAUGAGAUGAAAGAGAGCCUGGAGGAUGAUGGCAACGCUUUGCCAGUAUUUGGUCCCCUGCUUCCACCAGGGGUAAUGGGGAUACCGAAAAAGGAAGAACCGGCAAAGAUCGAUGUGAAGAAACCCACGCUAGGCUUUAAGAACUUCGGUAUAAAGCUCAGUGCCUCGAGUGCUGAACUAAUCCAGUCAGGGGAACUUCACAAGAAAGGGAAACGGCUAGAAGAUGGUGAGGUGGUAUCAAGUUCGUCAGAGGCGGAGGGAAUGGAGAGUAGCGAGAGCGAGUGUGAAAUCUCCGGCACUGGCUCAAUCUCUGACGGCAAAGUUUUCAGGGGAAAGAAGAAGAAAAAGAGCAAGCAUAAAAAAAAGAAAGGCAAAGAGAAAGAUGAUUUAUUGACAGUACCUGGAAAAGAUAUAUCUGCUUCCAAACGCAAGAGUUCACACACACAUUCCAGGUCUACCUCACCAAAGAAGAGCAGAAGGUCCAGAUCUCGAUCAAAAGAUCGAUCACGAAGACGAUCAAGAUCCAGAGAUAAAAGAUCAAAAAGGUCAAGGUCAAAGGGCAGGAGGUCGAGGUCACGGAGUAGAAGGUCAUUGUCAAGGUCACGGCGAAGGUCAUGCUCAAGGUCACGCAGAAGGUCGCACUCAAAGUCAAGGACAAAAAGGUCACGAAGCAGGGACAGAAGAUCAAGGUCCCGAGGUCGAAAGUCUCUAAGUAGGAGCCCUGACAGAUUCUGGAGAAGCAAAUAUGGAGACUUUGAUGCAUUUAAAUUUCUCAAAAGUGACAGGGUCGAUAGAUCACGUAGCCGCAGUCCGGACCGGGAACGGGAUCGUUUUAUCGAUAAGGAGCGGCGACGAAUGGAAGACCUGAGACUGAAGAUUGAUAAGGCCAAACUCAGGGAAAUUGCAAUACAAAAUGCAUUAACAAAUGCCAAGAUGGGAGGAGCUAAGUUGGAUGUGACAGUCAAGGCUGGUGGAAAGUCUGUGGAGGAACUCACAGAGUAUUGUAAGAAGAUCCAAGAGAAGGAGUUUACUCGACGGAAGUAUCGUCAUGACAGCUCGUCAGAUGAGGGGGCUGGGAUGAGGUCAGAUGAUGAGGACUUUCAUCAUCCCUUCAAAGUCAAGGAGGCAGGACCAAUUGUUAUGGACAUACCGAAUGCUAAGCCGUUACCUGUGGUAACCCCCCAAGAGAGGCUCGUCCAAAACGCCCAGCUCCGGCUUACGUUUCCAGUGUCAAGUGGGAGCCAGCAUCGAGACAAAGAAUGGGUACCGGUGGAGCCUGAAGCGAAGGAAAAGCUGGCCCUCCCACCAAGUCAGGCCAGCCCCCUUGCCAUCAUGCCCCCACCCCCUAAACCUGAGGUCAAGGUGUUUGAGGAACCAAUACAGGAGAGUGUGGACAUUGGAGCCAUUGUGUCGGAGAGACUGAAUGCUGUGCGGAAACUGCAGGAAAAUCCACAUGACGUGUCAGCCAAGAUGGUCCUUAACCAGGCACAGAAACAGGCCAGCCAGUGGGCGCAGUCCAAAAACCUGCCUGGUCAGUUUAUAGGGAGCACAGGGGUCAAUAUCCUGACCCCAGAGGAACUAGCGGGGGACAAGAGGAGACAGGCGUGGCUCAAGAAGGAUGUGUUCACGAGUGCGGCCCCAGUGAGGGGGGGUAUUGGCAUGUACCUGCUCCAGAAAAUGGGGUGGAAGAUGGGGGAGGGGCUUGGUAAAAACAACGAGGGCACCAGGGAACCCCUCCUUCUGGAUUUUAAGGUGGACAGGAAAGGUCUUGUAACAACCGGGGAAGGGAAGAAGUCUGCACCUAAAAUGCCGGUUGUGAAGGACUUGUCUGGGAAGCACCCAGUGUCGGCGCUCGGUGAGCUGUGCAACAAGCGGCGUUGGGGAGCCCCAAGAUACGAUAUGGUUCAUGAGAGCGGGCCCUCACAUAGAAAAGACUUUCUCUUCAAGGUGACAGUGAAUGGCACAGACUACCAGCCAUCCGUUACCAGCAACAACAAGAAACUGGCAAAGGCUCAGUCUGCCACGGUCUGUCUACAGGAGCUGGGGCUGGUUCCCAGGAACUCAGAGAUAGUCAAAGCUGACUGAAACAUGCUUGCUGAUUGACUGCUUCAUUAGACAUGUUGAGAUACAUUUCAUAAUUAGGAUUAAGAAUGCUUCAUGAAGAUUGCUCUAAACUGCAUUGCUGUCAAUCCUAAGAACAUCAUAGAAUGGUUAAAAACAGACUGGUAUCUGCAGUGUAUAGAGAUUACAUGUUUCUACUGACUGAUACCUUAAAAGUGCUAUGGUGCAUAAUCAAGGAUGUUGUGAAACAGACUCAAUAAUAUGCAUUAUCAGAUACAUGGGUAGCUAGAGACUGCUACAGGGUAGUUGAACAGGCCUCUGACAGCGUCUAAUCUGUCUUGUCUUACAUUAAGUAUGCUAGUUAUACUGUAGGAAUUAAAUUAUACGUUUUAAAGACACUUAAGAUGUAUAGCGGUAACACCCAUGGUGUCUAGAGAAUAAAAAAUGCUUAUUGAAUUGAGAGUCGUGGUUGUAAAUAUGUGUUUGCUAUAAUGUGGGAAGCUGGUAGGUGGGCCUUUGCAAAAAACGCUGCCUUAGAUGUCUAAGUAUCUAUUGGAGACUGUGACGAAUACAUGUUUGUCUGUCAUAGCCUUGUGUUGGCAGCAGUGUCAGCUUUGUUGUCAUACUAACACUUAACCUUUGGUGCAAACUUAAAAACUGUUCAUUAAAUAUAUAUUCACAUGAAACUUUAUACACCUGUUUCCGGUGUUAGACGGCAUAUGUGUAAUUUUGGUGUAAAUCUUGUUCCCGGCGUUAGAACGUAUAUAGGCAAUUUUGGUGUAAAUCCCUUGAUCGUUGAGAUUGGAAAUCACUUGUAGGGCGUUUGUUUAUUGUGAAUAUGCAUCGAGGGGGGAUGGGGGGUGAAAUUGAAAAGGGCGUACCUGCUUCUUUGUUUCAUGUCACAUGGAACUUUGCUUCUUCACCCACAGCAUGCCUGCUCUUUCACCCCACAGCAAGCUGUUUCUAUAUUCAGCCUUAUUUAAUUAUAUACUAUUAACUUGAAAUUUGGAAAGAUUUGUGUUCAUCUAUAACUGCCAUUACUGGUUUCAUUGUCAACAGUAUUCUUUUUAUUAAAUUGUUUUAACUUAAAUUAAUGAAUUAUAAUGAAUUAUAUAAUUAAGAAAUUAACAGUGUAUAUCUUGGUCUGUUAUAUAAUGUGUGUGUAUGUUGCUCUGGCCCUUAUUUCUUGGCAGUCCUUAAGCGUAACAAGCUCUAGUAGCUUACUGGGUAUUUCAUCAAGUCAAAUUUGUUACUUAAUCUUGAUCUACUUCAUGAAAUGAGUUUAUUGUGAUGUUUAUAUUAUUUUCUUAAAGAUGCACUUUUACUCCCAAAUAAGAUGUACCAAUUGUUUUAAUUUACCGUGAAGAAUGAUUAAAUAUCAAAAACAAUGGUUCUUAUGAAGGAUGCCAUGUUUAAUUUGAAAGAAAGGUGCAGAAAACAUGGUGUUUCUACCAAAUGAGGUGAUAGUUGAUUACUGUAAAUCUUUUUUAAGAACCACCAGUCAUUAGGACCCACCAGUCAUUGAAUAGUUGUGCUUUUUCAGAUAUUAAAUACUUGGUUACAAUCUUCUUAUCAGUAAUUAAUAUUUUCCACAAUGCAUUAUUUAGUAAGUAGUAAAAGGUUUAUCAUUGAAAAUUCAUGUUUGUUAUACAUGUGUAUGUAUUGAUUUUAAAAACAAGUAUUACUUUAAAAUGUCCAAAAACUGUGAAGGAUGUAAAUAGUACACUAACUAAAGGGAGACAAAAAUAGUGAGCUUAUCUUAAUCCUGCUAUAAGGGACUUAAGAUGUUUUGAGAGAAUGGAGCCUGGUAUACUAUGUGCAUGUGUAUAUGAUGUUCUGUUACAAGUCUCCUGAUACAGGAAGUCUACUGUUAAGAACAUAGCAUGGGCAUUUUUUUUAUACUUUUUCAGUACAAACAACAUCUAAAUAUACUCUUGAUAUAUUUUGUGAGUUUAUAAAAGUACAUGCACUGAGCAUUCGAUCUAUUAUCUGAUGUAGAAUUAGAAAUGUAUGUAAAAUGAUUUUAUUGUUUUUGCAUUUUGUUUGUGGCUUCUGUUUUCAAAGAUUUGAAUUAAAAAUGGAUUAUCAUUGUAUGGCAGUUAUGUAUUGUUGCAAUAAAAUCUUUGAUAUGGAG